AUGGCGGAUUCUGAGCUUGCGUUUGGCUUCAUCCAGUCUUCAUACAAGCCCAGUUCACUACUUCCAAUAGCUCGUCACCGCGAGAGUCUACUAUACCUUGUUGAGAUAUACCCUGUCACUAUCGUCGUUGGCCACACCGGCAGUGGAAAGACUACUCAAAUCCCUCAGUUCCUGGAUCAGGCAGGAUGGUGCACACGAGGGAAGCAGAUCGCAGUCACGCAGCCUCGAAGAGUAGCUGCAACCACCGUUGCCACACGAGUCGCGGAUGAGAUGAGAUGUAACCUUGGGCAAGAGGUCGGUUACUCCAUUAGAUUCGAAGACGUAACGUCGGCAGCCACACGCAUCAAGUUCUUGACGGACGGCUUGCUCCUUCGUGAGGCUCUAGUGGAUCCGCUGCUGUCGCGUUACUCGGUGAUCAUGGUUGACGAAGCCCACGAGCGUUCGCUCAGCUCCGACAUCCUGCUAGGCUUACUGAAGAAGAUCCGAAAGAGGCGGUCUGAUUUGCGGGUAGUGGUCAGUAGCGCUACGUUGCAAGCGGAGGAUUUCCUGCGAUUCUUCGCGGGUGGCGAUGCUGAACUUGGAAAUGGUAAUGGUGCUGCUGACCUGGGCGGUUCGAUCGGCAGAAUCAUCAGCCUUGAGGGUCGGAUGUAUCCCGUGGAUAUUCACUAUCUUGAGCAGCCUGCCGAGGACUACCUGGAAAGGGCCGUUCAAACCGUGUUUGACAUUCAUACCAAGGAGGCCGAAGGUGAUAUCCUGGUCUUCCUCACUGGAAGAGAGGAAAUAGACUCAGCCCUUGAGAUGAUUGCUGAUCGAUCAAACUCCUUGCCCUCAAAUACCCCCUCUCUGCUCACCCUGCCGCUGUACGCCGGGCUGUCCACCGAUCAGCAAAUGUACGUCUUCGAGCCUGCGCCUGAAGACACCCGCAAGGUUAUUGUUGCAACCAACAUCGCUGAGGCAUCAGUGACGAUCGAUGGCAUCGUCUACGUGAUCGAUUGCGGCUAUGUCAAGCUCCGAGCUUACAAUCCGACCACCGGCAUCGAGACUUUGACAGCGACACCAGUGUCAAAGGCCUCUGCUACGCAGCGUGCUGGCCGCGCCGGUCGUACGAUGCCAGGGAAAUGCUACCGCUUGUACACUGAAGAGGCAUUCGAGACCCUAGCAGGAGCGACAGUACCAGAGAUCCAGCGCUCGAACCUCGCUCCAGUUAUCCUGCAACUCAAAGCACUUGGUAUAGACAACAUAGCGCGAUUCGACUAUCUCACCCCUCCACCGGCGCAGCUGGUCAUUCGCGCGCUGGAACUACUCUAUUCGUUAGGAGCACUGGACGACUACGCGAAGCUUACCAAGCCACUCGGAUCACGCAUGGCUGAGCUGUCCGUCGAACCCAUGAUGGCGAAAGUAUUGCUAGCUGCACCGACAUUCGGCUGCAUGAGCGAGAUCCUCUCCAUCGCCGCAAUGACAAGCCUGCAGGGCGCCGUUUGGUUCUCUCACGAAGGCGAGAGAAAGGCUCAAGAAUCUGCGCGGCGGAAGUUUGCGGCUGAGGAAGGGGACCAUCUGACCCUGCUGAAUGUCUACCAGGGCUUCGUCACCAAAGGCAAGAAAGACGCACAGUGGUGCAAGAGCAACUAUCUGAACUUCAAAUCUAUGACGAGGGCGGUCAGCAUACGGAAUCAACUCAAGAGGUACCUGGAGCGCUUCGGUAUAAAUGUGGAAGAGAGCCUUUCCGCUGGCGCUCUGCGAGUCGGUGGUCCGGAUAAGGCAGAGCAGAUUCGACAAUGCCUAACAACCGGCUACUUUUCGCACGCUGCUCGAAUGCAACCGGAUGGCAGCUUCAAAACAGUCGAUGGCGGCACGAUACUGCAUGCCCACCCUACUUCGUUGAUGUUUAACCGAAAGGCCGAUUGGGUAAUCUUCCAUGACGUAAUGGAGACCAGCAACAAGACCUUCAUCCGCGACAUCUCCAAGGUCGAGAAGGGCUGGCUACUCAAAUACGCCCCGGAUUACUAUCGCAUUAGGUGA